CGGCUGGCGAGCGCGGCCGGAGCGCACGUCCCCGCGAUCUCGGCCGGGCGCGCGUCGCCAGGACCCCGUGCGAGUUGGGUAUAAUUUGGCUUCUUUGAUUCUGUCUUGCAACAAAGAAGAAAUAUUCCUGAAAGAAAACUGAAACAACAAGAAAGCCACAUCUUUUUUCUUUUCUUCUUUUUUUUUUUUAAUGGUUGUCAGCUCUUUUACAAAUAUGGAUGGUUUACCUAACAUUUUUCCACCUGGUGGAGACAGUGGGCCAAUUUCUGAAACUGAGUUCCAAAAUUUGUUAAUUGAUGAAAGGUUACGACGUGAACAUCAUAAAAGCAAUUACACUGCUCUGAAAAGCGCACACACAAGGUUACAGGAAGAACUUUUAAAAACACAAGGUGACCUCAAGCGCACAUUAAAUGAAAAGCAAACUAACUAUGAAAAAUUCCAGCAGAUGCUUGAAGAGCUAAGGGAGCAAUUAAUGGAGAAAAGUAAAGAAUUGGAAAACAUGAGACUGCAGGUAUUAACUCCACAAAGAUUGGAAUUGAUAAAAACCCAAAUACAACAGGAAUUAGAAGCUCCAAUGCGAGAGCGUUUUCAGCUCCUUGAUGAAGAAGUGGAAAAGUAUAGAACUGAAUAUAAUAAGCUUCGCUAUGAGUAUACAUUUCUCAAGUCAGAAUUUGAACACCAGAAGGAAGAGUUUACACGUAUUUCAGAAGAAGAAAGAAUGAAAUAUGAAUCAGAGGUUGCACGGCUGGAGAAAGAUAAAGAGGACCUGCAUACCCAGCUGCUCAGCGUCGAUCCCACGAGAGACAGCAAACGCACGGAGCAACUUGUUCGAGAAAAAAACCAUUUGCUUCAGAAAUUAAAAGGUUUAGAGGCUGAAGUAGCAGAAUUAAGGGCUGAAAAAGAGAGUUGCGGGGCUCAGGUAGAAAACGCCCAAAGAAUACAGGUGCGGCAGUUGGCUGAGAUGCAGGCGACACUCAGAUCCCUGGAGGCUGAGAAACAGUCAGCUAAGCUCCAAGCAGAACGCUUAGAAAAAGAGCUACAAGCAAGCAAUGAACAGAACACUUCUUUAAUCAGCAAAUUGAAUAAAGCUGACAGUGAAAUAAGUACACUGACCAGUAAAGUAAAAGAACUUAAGCAUUCAAGCAAACUAGAAAUAACAGACAUCAAAUUGGAGGCAGCAAGAGCUAAGAGUGAGCUAGAGAGAGAAAGGAACAAGAUUCAGAGAGAAUUGGAUGAGUUGCAGUCAGACAAUGAAAUUCUCAAAUCAGCUGUUGAACACCACAAAAUGCUCUUAGUGGAAAAAGAUCGGGAAUUGAUUCGUAAAGCACAAGCUGCCAAGGAAGAAGAUUUUCAAAAACUUCUGGUGUUACAGGAUGAAAAGCUUGAACUUGAGAACAGAUUAGCAGACUUAGAGAAAAUGAGGGUGGAACAUGAGGCCUGGAGGCAAUCCGAAAAGGACCAGUGUGAGGAGAAGUUGCGAGCCUCCCAGAUGGCAGAGGAGUCAGCCCGUAGGGAACUUCAGAGUACUAGGUUGAAACUUCAGCAACAAAUACUAAAUACUGAAAAUGCAGAGAAAGAAAAAAUAGAAAAUUCUGAACUGAAACAGCAAAUUAAUCAUUUGCAGAUGAAAGUGACCUCACUGACACAGUCAGAGAAUGACUUGCUAAAUUCAAACCAAAUGAUGAAGGACAUGGUGGAGACAUUAAAACAAGAAUGCCGGAAUUUAAGAAGCCAAGCCGAAAAAGCGCAACUUGAAGUUGAAAAGACCUUGGAAGAAAAACAGAUACAGUGGCUGGAAGAAAAGCACAAGCUUCAUGAGCGUAUCACAGACAGAGAAGAAAAGUAUAAUCAAGCCAAAGAGAAACUGCAGCGAGCUGCAACUGCUCAGAAAAAGAGAAAAUCUCUUCAUGAAAAUAAAUUGAAGAGACUUCAAGAGAAAGUAGAAGUCUUGGAGGCAAAAAAAGAAGAAUUAGAAACAGAAAAUCAGUUGUUAAAUAGACAAAAUGUUCCAUUUGAAGAAUACACAAGGCUUCAAAAACGACUAAAGGAUAUACAGAGAAGACAUAAUGAAUUUCGAAGUCUAAUUUUGGUUCCUAACAUGCCUCCAACAGCAUCCAUCAAUCCAGCUAGCUUUCAGUCAUCAGCCAUGGUUCCAGGCAUAGACUUAGCUUUUCCACCUCAUAUGCAGGAGGAACAGCAUCAAAAGGAACUCUCCCUGCUUCGUAAAAGACUAGAAGAACUAGAAACAACACAAAGAAAACAACUAGAGGAGCUUGGAUCUCCUGGGGAAUGAUGCUGGAGGAAAGACAGACACAUCAAAGGGUGAAGCCAGAGAUUCUGUAAAGUGUGACCGUGAACGUGUGGCACUGAGAUACGUUAUUACUGUUUGCCAAAAUACCAUUGUGCCUCAAGAAAAGGUACCCACAUGCUGCAUUACAUGAGGAUCAGGAUUUGAAAGGGAAGCAUUAAACAAAAGUUUC